UGUACAUAACAAUGUAUUUGGUCUUGGCAGAAUAGAUCUGCUACGCUGCUGCUGCUGUGGCAGAGCAAGUAUCGAGACUUGCUACUGCCAAUACAUCCACAACAUGCUGCUGUAAGCAUGUAAGAAAUACUGCUGCUGCACAUAUAACAUACAUGAAAUAACCCCCAUAGCAUACAUGAUCACCCCGUAGCAGAUCUAUACAGGUGGAGCUGGGGAAGGUGGAGGGUUUAUGAAGUACGCUGCUAACUGCUACAGCAAACAGCAAACACUGCCAAGUAUUUAAAUGUUGAGCAGCGAGCUCAUAGGCUACCGAUACAGGAGAGAACCAAUCAGCUGUUCCAUGUGAUAAUGAUGUCAUUAUGACAUAUUGAGUUAGAUCUAUCAGACUGCGCCAUCUAGAGUUUCAUGCCAGAACUUGGUGUAUAUAUUACAGUAAAUAUAGACAGUUAUGUUCAAUUGUAAUAGGAAUAUUUUUUUCACAAUAACACUUACAUAUGAAAAAGUUCCAAAUACCAAACCAAAAUCUCCUUUCUGUGUCAGAUAAAUUAGAAUUUUUAAAGACAUAGAGAAACAUCCCAAAAUCUGAAGUGUGAAAAGGGUGUGAAUGAUUUUUAGUUGCAGACAUCAGUGAAUGUUUAUACAUAAUAACAAGUCUUUAACAAGUAUAAUGAUUCAGCUUUGCCAGGAUCAAAAUAUCAUAUUUGCAAUGUAGCAAGAAGGUUGCAGUAUUCGUCUGAAAGUCUUUUUUAAGAAACCGAGAGCAUCUUCCUCACUGUUCGAUCAGCAUCAGCAGCCAUAACCCAGGAUUCAUCUUCAGUGGGAGAAGGAAAUGCAAUCUGAACUGGGCCAUGAGUAAGAUGAGAUGGCUCUUUUAUCAUAGUCACAGAACCAAACCGAUACCAACAUCACUCAACCCAGCACUCAGUCAAGGAGGAUGAUUGGAGAAAAAGCAGCUUUAUCCAUCAUGCAGAAGUUGCGGGCUCUCCAGCCACCAGAGUCUCUGAUGCAUGAGUUUUGUCUCUGCCAUGCUUGUCCUUCCAACCCAGAAGAAAAUUUAAAAUCAAAUGUCAACAGAGAGAGCAGAUUCAAAUCCAGACACUUUCACUAUGGUGUCAUGCUUGUAAAGGCAGAGAAAAAUGAGGGAAAAGUUUAGCCACAAACUAAUACAAGCAUUUGGUAAUGUCCACAUCACUAAACUUGUGUUCAUUUUCAUCAAAACUUGUUUUUGUUUUUUUUAAACUGUCUUUCAAAUUUUAUUUUUGUCAGGGCUUAAUUAACUUUAUUUUUCUUUUUGUAUGCAGCUAACAAUUUGCAACAGUCUACAAAUAUUUGACUUAAAUAUUUGUCUACAAAUAUUUAAAACUGAACCCGAGAGUUUGGAAUGAUGUAGUUAAAAAAAAAAGAAAAGAAAAUUAAAGUUGUAAAUAAAACCAAAAUUACUGGAGUGUGUUUUACAAGAAAAUACCAUUUCAGUCUUUCUACGUCAAAGUUUCACAUUUAAUGUGUUAGUUGUUGCUGUUUCUUUGUAAUUAAUUGUGAAUUUUACUAGCAAUUUCCAAGUGAAAUUUUUUUCUACACCACUUUGUUUACAGCAGGAUAAAAACAAAAACAUUAUGACCAGGCCAUAUGUAAAAAAGCAUUGUAUAUUUUGAAGAUGUUCACUUGUGCAUAAAAAGGUUCAUUCUCCCAUAGCUUACUGAGACUGUUAGCCAUUGAUGUGCAAAUGACCUAUGUUCUCUUCUCUGUCAUGUCAGCUAUUUUGAAAUGUGCCCAUGCGAAACAAAGGUCAACUUGACUAUUAAGAAAAACAGCAUUUCAGUGACGUGCUCAGUCCCACUUUUUAAUUGUCUAUUUGAAAAAUAGCCUGCUUUGCUUCCUCAGGGCACCAUAUCUCUCACAUUUAAUGUCUGCAUGGCUUUCUGCCCUGUCAUUGUCAUCUCAGCCUGUCAUAUACAACGCUCUGUUGAUUGUUUUUAUGUGAUAUAUAUCCAAGCGCUGCAAUUGGCACAGAUUGGAAACUCAUCUGCUGUUCGUGCUACGUCCGUAAGAGCUUUGAUUACUAAGCCCACUGUGUUGUUACAAGUUUUGAAAUUACAUGCUCGAGAUGAUAGCAAUGGAAAAUGGGAGCCGCGAGGAUCGCAGACAGCAGCUUAGCCUCAUUGGCCCCCAGAAAUCAUUUUCUCCUGUACAGAGUCAUGAUCAGCUGCUUGACCACUUCUAAAAUGUAAUGGCAAAAAGGCCAGGCUGGUCAAUUUUGGCCAGUAGCACUUGUCAAAUAAUAACUGGUUUGAGCAGCAUCUGCGCGAGCAACAAGAUGACAUAUGGUUAUAGGAGAGCCCUGGGUUAAAACUCAGCCACUUCAAGAGCUUGGCCCUGGAUCCACUGCCAUUCAAUUUCCACGCUCUUCAGUCUUCAGACUCACGCUUAUUACACCCUCCACCACACUGUUCUCUUUUCUUUGCCUGCCUCCUCUCAUCCAUUCAAAUAGACAUCAGAAUAAUGAUGGUAAGGCACGGGUUAUCGAUCAAACACUCACGCUCAAACUGGCACAGGACAAAUCAUCGUGCCAUUUUGGCCACAGCAAGAGACUAAGCACUUUUAGCGAACUGUGAUCCCUCCUGUGCUCUGAUCCAGCUCUCCCGGGUGAUGUGUCCUCGUGGAGACGAGCGUUUGGCUGCUCCACAUGUCCCUGAUCUGUAAGGCUGUUUAAUUGAUGUCAAAGCUGGUCGUGUGAGCAUUUUCUACAGCACGGAUCCAAGCAUCGUGUCACGGCACCACAUAAUGGAUAUUCCUGUAGACAUGCCACAGACACAUUCAUUCAUCAUGCCCGAGAUGGCAAUAAAAAAAUCAUUAUCACAAGAAAACUUGUGAAAUGCUUCUAAAUUGAGAAAGGCUCCGCUCUAUUGCAAUCUCAUUGAAAUUUAAUACAGCAUUCUUGGUGAAAAUAUUGUGUAACACUGACUACGUAUGGCUCAUAUAGACUAAAGCAUUGCCUGGAUUUGAAACUUAAUCAUACAGUUGGUCGGCACGCCUUUAUACUGAUAUAACAGUAUCUUGAAAAGGAAAGUUCAUUAAGACUGACUUCGAAUAUUGGCUUGACAAAAUCUUACUUAAAGAAAAAAAAAAAUCUGAAAUGUUGAGGUCUACAGGAUUUUUUGUGAUUAUGAAAUUCUGCACUGGAAAAAAAAACAAGUUUGAUUAUUAAAAAAAGGUAUAGCACAAUCAAGUCAGAACAGGCUUAAAGGUCAUUGCAGAGUUUGCUAGACAUCUAGGAUGUGAGUUGUUCAGAAUUUAAUUGAGAAUGCAAUUCCAAUUUAAAAAUUACAAUUCUACACAAACAAAGGGACGGACAGACAGAGACAGACAGAUAGAUAGAUAGAUAAAACUGAACCCUAACCUCAACCUUCAGCGAGGCGUGAGCAUAUCGUAUGAAAAUGAACAAAUUGGAUUGUACAGAAACACCAAUUUAGCUCCCAGGUUAGUGAUUUUUAAAAGACUCUAACCCAGUGGUGCUCCAUCCAAUAUGGCCAUUAAAUAUGUCAUCCCUUGUCCACAGGAAAUGGGAACUGUGACUGGAUUUGUCUACAAGCCCUAUGAAAGCAUUCCAUUAACCAAACAAAAUCAAAGUCAGUCCUUCACAUACAAGGGCUGCUGCGGGGCAGGAGACCAUCAAGUGACUAUUGCAGCUGAGUUACAUGAUAAAGAGGCAAGUGAUAAAACAUGUAUUUAUAAUAUAUAAUGUGAUAAUAAUAGGUUUCAUAUACUGUUCUGGCAGUGAGAGAAAAAAAAUGGAGAGAGGGGAAAUACAGCAUUCUGCAAAGGGGUUGGGGGCAAGAAUAGGAGACUUCUAAAAGGAGGAGGUGGGGCUGCAUGGUAAGGGCAGAGAGAAAGAGAGAGAGAGAGAGAUGCCUGCCUCCACUUCGUCUCUUGCUCAAGUACGUAAGCCACUGACAGCAACAGCCACACACAGACGAGAGAGAGAGAGAGAGAGAGAGAGAGAGAGAUCGGAGAACACACAGAUCCGUCCUCUGUAGAUCGCCUACACAGUGUCAGAAAUAGAGCUGAGUUUAAGGCAGGUGCGUACAAAGCGUCUGCAUGAGACCCAGGGCGGUGCGCUAAAACACAAUCUAAGAGAGGAUACAGGUUGAUUGACUAACGUCAAGAAGGAAAACGAGAAAAAACGUGACGACAACAUAAAGGAAAGAAGAAAAAGAGGAAGAAGAGACCGAGAUGUACCAUGAAAUGGCCCAUCUCUUAACGGUGUGCCUCUAAACCAAUCAUAAAACCUACUCUACUGUGCUAGGAUGUAAGAUCAAUGGAGUGAGACUGGAGAGAAUUACAUCCAUCUGAAGAAGACAGAAAAGGGAUUUUGAGAUACUCAUGUGGCUACUUCACAAGACAGGAUAUGAAGAAACAGAGCAUGCUUCAUCUUUGAGCCAAUUUUUUAUUUUUUUUUCCUAAAUUCAACUAAACCCUUGGUUUUCCUGUCACAUGAACUUAAGAGAUAAGUGAGAGACUGAUAUUAAUAACAGACUGAAUAGUCUACAUCACAGUGAAUCUGUAUUAAAUUAUAUCAGUUUAAUUAUGAAAAUGGGACAGAUUGCAAUAUUUCUUCUGCACACGCAUCUGCUGCUUGGAGUCGGAAGCUCCCUGGUCAUUCAGUCCAUGCCCUGGAGAGUGCCCUGCCCUCACCAGUGUGUCUGCCAAAUCAAGCCCUGGUACUCUCCCCAGUCUGUGUACAGAGAGGCUCCUACAGUAGACUGCAAUGACCUGCUACUUAUCCAGCUGCCCACUUCCCUCCCUCAAGAGACACAAACCCUCCGGCUGCAAAGUAACCUCAUCAGUUCUGUCGACCAGAGUGAACUCCAGGGCCUUGUCAAUCUGACAGAGUUGGAUCUCUCCCAUAACAGCUUUACCAGUACCCGCAACCUAAGGAUAACUGACCUGCCAGCUCUUCUCAGCCUACAUAUGGAGGAAAACCAGCUGAGACACCUCCCAGAAGCAGCUUUCUUUGGUCUCCCUAGCUUGCAGGAGUUGUACCUCAAUCACAACAGGCUUCGAAGCAUCUCCCCUGGGGCCUUCAAGGGUCUGGAUAAACUUCUAAGGCUUCAUCUCAACUCUAAUCGAUUGGUUGUAAUUGACCGGCGUUGGUUCCAUGCUUUGCCACAAUUGGAGGUUCUCAUGAUUGGUGGAAACCCUGUGGACACUAUUCAGGACCUAAAUUUUAAACCGCUGGGCUCUUUGCGCAGUCUAGUCCUGGCAGGCAUGGGCUUGCGUGAGAUCUCAGAGCGAGCACUAGAGGGGCUUCAAAAUUUGGAGAGCAUUAGCUUUUAUGAUAACCAUCUAAUAAAAGUUCCAAAAGAGGCAUUGCAAAAGCUGCCGGGUCUAAAGUUCCUUGACUUGAACAAGAAUCCCAUUCAGCUAGUGCAGAGGGGAGACUUUCAAAAUAUGCUUCACCUGAAAGAGCUUGGCUUAAACAACAUGGAAGAGCUGAUCUCUAUUGAGCACUCAGCAAUGGAAAACUUGCCUGAACUGACCAAACUGGAGAUCACAAACAAUCCUCGGCUCUCCUAUAUCCACCCUCAGGCCUUCCAAAAGUUGUCGAGUAUGGAAAGUCUAAUGCUGAACAGUAAUGCCUUGAGUGCCCUGCAUAGCCAGACAGUAAGGUCGCUGCCCAGCCUUCAAGAAAUCAGCUUGCACACCAAUCCCAUUCGCUGUGACUGCCUGAUCCGCUGGGUGGGAGCCGACAAUGACAAGCCGGUCCGUUUCAUUGAGCCUCAAUCCACAUUCUGCUCUGAGCCUCCUGAGCUGAAAGCCCGACGAGUUAAAGAAGUCUCAUUCAGAGAGAUGGCAGACAGCUGCCUGCCCUUGAUUGCCCCAAGCACAUUCCCCUCUUACAUUGAAGUCAAACAUGGAGACAACAUAGCCUUGCACUGUCGAGCACUGGCAGAGCCAGAGCCAAGUAUCUACUGGGUCAUUCCCCAAGGUGUGAGAUUGACUCCAUCCAGUAGCUAUGGGCGUUAUCAGGUUCUCACAGAAGGCACGUUAGAGAUUUUUGGAGUCACUGCUGAAGAGGCCGGAUUCUACACUUGUGUCGCGCAGAACCUAGUGGGAGCUGAUACCAGAAGCUUGACUCUACAGGUGGAGGGAGGUGACCUGCUUCGUGUAAGUACUCAAAAGACAGAGGACAGCUUUGAAGUUCAGGAUGUCAAAGAAAGGUAUGCCUUACUAACCUGGCAAGCAAGCCGUAACGUCCCUACUGCACAUUUAUCAUGGGUGUCCAAUGGCAGUCUGAAUGCCCAUCAUAGGCACAGCACUCGAAUUCUAGCUGGCACCAGGAAAUUCAACCUAACCCAUCUGCAACCAGGCACUCAUUACAAAGUUUGUCUACACAUGGGGCCAAAUGACACCUCGUGUGUCCAUCUAAGGACCAAGGAGGUGUCCAUGCCAGAUCCUUUACCAGACCUGACCCCAGCUGUCCUGCUGGCAGUUUCAGCUCUGCUCCUUUUAUUUGCAGCCAGAGCAUGUCAUGGGGGAGCCUCACUCGGUUGGAAAGACCACAUGCUGGAGCUUGAGAAACCCCACACCACCAUUCUGACCCAGGAGGCAAAGGCUUUCAUGACUCCUCCAAUACUAGUAAAGUACCUGAAUCAGCAGGAUCCAGACAAAGUCCUAUCAGACGGCAGAGGGAAAGACCUCAGAAAUGCUUCACUGGGGCAAGAUGCUCAGGGGCUAACAAAAGAGGCAUGCUGAGCAGAAUAAAGAGUUCAAGAAGGAUGGACAAGAAAAAAAAAAAUCCCUGGAGUAUAAAUUUCACAAAGCUCACUUUACCAAUCUGACAGUCAAAACUACUGAACAUCUGAAACAAACAAUACUAGACAUUUAAGUGGCAGACCCGCUUCACAUAACAGCGACCCAGUUUCAAAGUAUAGUCUAAAAACAAAAAAAAAGAAAGAAAAUUAAAAAAAGAUAUUUGUAUUUAUUUUGUAACAAAAAGGUACAUCAAAUAUAUGUAUAUUAAAAGCAUUUGUUCAUAUAUCCACAUACAGUAUAUCAAACUAGGACACUAAAGCUGUGCUGCCAAUCAUAAAUAACAGUUCAUAUAGAGUCUGUUUAUAUGCAACCUCCCAACUUUACGAGUCUGUGUCACAACAGGCCAAAUGGUUGUAGAAAGAUAAGCACUUAUAUAUUUUUAAUACUGAAGAAGAGACUGACUUGACACAGGAAAGCAAAGAACACAAAUAUCAAAGAAGCCUCUCAAGAACUCAAGAAGACAGAAUUGAAGUCUUCUGAAAGGCGUUCUGCAGGCUGCGGGCAACAAUUCACUUUUUGUUUUUGCGGUGAAAAACCAAACUGACUAUCUCAAAACAGGCAUUAUGAAAAGAGCUGAUAUAAAGGGAGGCGUUUUAAAUGUUGUAUAACUAAUGUUGUAUGUACUCUCUUUAACAGUGUGUUAAAUUGUGCUUUGUACAAGGACCCCGAGAGAAUGCUCCAAAGUUAAGACCAUCCCAGAAAAAUUGAAUGUUUUUGCGCAUAAAAGAAAAAUCUUUUUCUCCCUCGAAAAUGGACUGAUCUAUACAUCUGACAGGGGCCAUAAACUUAUGACCUAAAAUGCUCAGAAUGGCAUAUUUGCCUAUUUUGGUCCACUUGUUCUUGAAAUAUGACAGACCCUUGCUUAGAAAAACAACUCAAGUGAACAGACGUUCUAGUAUUGAUGGACGUACUGCCUAGACAUAUGUGUCGGCCUCUUUGUUCAGACAUGUCAAACAAGAAGAGAGGGUCAUGGAGAAAGCGUGUGGAACAGCCCCAUGAUGACAUCCUUUCCAGCAAAGACGGCAAACAUUUGGUGUCAAGAAAGAGGUUCACGUCUACAUGCACACUGUUUUGUACAUGCAAGCACGUCAGAGCUCCCAUCUCUUUCAGUACUGAUGAAAAAUGCGGGUCCUGUCGGGCUGCUAAUGGGACAUAAUUCAUGGAAAGAUAGUGCCAACUCUUCUUUCUGUAAAA